AUGGGGACGGUGUUCUCAAGAAGCGAUCCACUCAGACAAAGCCUUAUGAAGCUUGAAGAGCAGAUAUCAAGGAAAGAGAAGAAACUAAAGAGGAUUAGGAUUUUAGAAGGACGGCUUAUGAUGAGAAGCAGUGUUAUAUCUAUUAUAGUUGUUGCGGUGUGUGUUUUGUAUUCAUAUGCUGAAGAGCAGAGCUUGCUGCUUGUUGCGGUGGGAAGUGGGUUUCUGUGUUAUUCUGCAUCAUACUUUGUGAAGUAUUUGUAUAGGAUGAAAAUAAUGCGAAUUGAGACAGAACUUGAAGAGAUGAGGGAUGCACAGAAGGAAAAGAUUGAUAUGUUGAAAAAGGAAGAAUCUUUUGAUGCGGCAAAACGACUGAUUGAUAGGUAUGAGUGCGAAUCUGAACGUAGAAGUUAUUUUGAAGGUGUUAAGCAAAGGAAGAAGCGGAUGAUGGAUAGCAUGGCAGAUAUUGUUCUGGGAGAUGAUCCUGGAUCGAUGUAUGCAUUGAUAUGUAAGAAGUGCAGCUAUCACAAUGGACUUGUCCAUCCAAGUGAGUAUGACCUGAAUGAAUUCUAUUGUUAUAAUUGCAAUGAGUUAAACACAAGAAAUGCAUUAAAAAGUGCGAAUGUGAAGAGCACGGAUGGUAAAUAA